AUGUCUUCAAAUUCUACCUCAAACGGGCCCGGCAGGUGGCGAGGGGGGUUUAGAGGUACUCGUCGUGGUGGCCGCAGUGUUCGAGGACGCAGCGGCGCCGGCCGGGGUGGUGGCAGGCAGCUGGUGGCUGACCGUGACCUCUCACCAAAGGCAGGCGCUGUUGUUCAGCGGUUUCGACAGCGUCAAAAGGAUCUCAGCCAGAUAUUCCGCAAAGUUGCUGCUGUGCAGAAAUCAGCCGUUUUAGCAUUGGCCAGCCGCUCAGAGGCUUUAUUGAUCAAAGACCCAAAGGCGCACAUGGCGUCCAGCCUCUAUAACGAGGUACUCCAAGGGCUUGAAAAGAAACUUCGCAAGGCGGAAGACUUGAUUGAAAAAGAAUACAGUUACCGUGAGCGGAACUUAGAUGUCUGGCGAGAGACCGAGGAGUUCCGGAUCAAGACUCAUUUCGAAAACAAAAUCGACAAUGUGAUGAAUGAACACAUCAUUGCUGCCCAAGGCUCGUUCAUGGAAGCUUCAGAAAAGUCACGCAUUGCCGCAGAUGAAGACCACACAGAAACCGAAGAAUCAGCUUCUGAGCCGCGGACACCAGUUAGCCCCCGGUUUGCUCGUGGGUUUGAUAGCUCCUUUGUCCGGGAUCCAGAAGGUGCUGCCUUGUAUGAGCGUGUGGAGAAUGGGUGGGAAGACCUAGCCCAACGUACCAAGAUAGGAGAAGAAAUAUGGCCACGGAUUGUGGCCAUGAGCCAGGAAGCUGAGCUGCCAGCGCCGCAGGACGGUGAUGGCAUCAACGGGCGUUUCACCAAUCCACGUUUCUCCCGCUUAAUGGGUGCACUGGUUGAAGCUUGUGAUAUCGCAGAAGGGAAGAAACCCAAGAUUGAAGAAGUCGAAGAACCAAAUCCCUUAGAUGCCUUGGCCAAUGCUGCGUUGGAUCGAGGUGAGGUGAAAAGGCAGCCACCUGAACCAUCGCCUAAAAUACAACAACUUCCACCAACUUCUGCUCUGCUUCAACCUCCACCAAAUUUACAGGCGCCAUCACAGCCUGAGCAACAGGUCCAACAACCACAACCACAAUAUGGCCAGAUGCGUCAUGAGCCUCAUAGACCACUCCUCCCACAACCUCUCGCACCUCCACUGUACCCUCCGUCUACGGACAUGCGAAGAUACUCUGCACCCCAAUUCGCUGGUCCACCACCACCUCACCUCCACCCUCCGUUCCAGAAUCACCCUCAUGUCCAUCCUGAAGGGCCUCCACAGCAGCAAUUACCCCCGGUAGCAACAAGGUCGCAGUCCCAAGUGCUCCCUCACCUCAGUGAACAUCUACGUCUACCUAACAUAUUCCCUCCGAGGACUCAACAUCUACCUCCCUUGCAAGAAAUGGGUUACCAUCGCCCCAGCCUCCCUCCGCCUCCGUAUCAGGCACCUCCUCCACCACAUCAACCACCACCACCAAAUAUGCAGCCUCCCGCUCACGGGAUGCCCAUGGUCUACCCUCAUCACCCGCAGAAUGUUUACCCUCACCUUCAGUAUUUACCUCCACCGCCAAAUAUGCAAUAUCAUCCACACCCACCACCACCACCUCCUCCGCCUCCGCCUUCUCAUCAACCGUUGCAUCUACCUCCAGGUGCCCAUGGACCCCAGGGAUAUCACCACCACCAUCACCAGGCCUAUCAACAACCGCCUCCACACCAACCUCGGUAUUAG